CUUCUACUACUCCCAAGAAACCCACCACCACUUUAAUUCCCAAAUCCCAUUUCUCUGGUUCUUCGCGAUUGCAAUUCAGCAUAACCCACUUCAGAUUCUCUCUUGUAUCAAGAAUCUGAUAACUAUCGUCUCCUAACCAUCAAACCCUUUUCGCAAUUGAAGGUUUAAUCGUGUAAUCUACUCGAUUUUCAGAAAUGGGUGCUUCAGGAAAAUGGAUGAAAUCCCUCAUACUCAAAAAAUCAGAAAAAGCUGACCAGGAUAAGUCAGGUAAGAGUUGCAAGAAAUGGAAACUAUUUAGGAGUUCAUCGGGGGAGAUGAUUGUUGGUUGGAAGGGUUUCAAAGGAAGCUACAGGGGGACAGCAUCUGAUGGAUCAGAUUCAUCCUCUGUUAUCAGCUCCGAUCCUUACUCCGCUGCUGUUGCUACCGUUGUUCGAGCCCAACCCAAAGAUUUCAAAGCUGUCAGGCAAGAAUGGGCCGCCAUUCGCAUCCAAACCGCCUUUCGUGGGUUUUUGGCAAGAAGAGCAUUAAGAGCCUUAAAAGCAGUGGUAAGGAUUCAAGCCUUAGUCCGAGGGCGGCAGGUCAGAAAACAGGCCGCGGUGACCCUGAGAUGCAUGCAGGCUCUUGUUCGUGUUCAAGCUAGAGUAAGGGCUCGUCGUGUUCGCAUGUCCAUUGAAGGUCAAGCUGUUCAAAACAUGCUCAAUGAGCGUCGCACUCAAGCUGAGCUCUUGAAAGAAGCUGAAGAAGGAUGGUGUGAUCAUCGAGGAACUUUACAAGAAGUUAAAGCCAAGAUUCAAAUGAGGCAGGAGGGAGCGUUUAAACGUGAAAGAGCACUAGCAUAUGGUCUUGCUCAAAAGCAAUGGAGAUCGAAUCAAGGACUCGAUUCAAAAACGAGAGUUUCUUUAACUUCUCUUAAAACACAACAAUUUGACAAAAGUAGCUGGGGAUGGAGUUGGUUAGAACGAUGGAUGUCAGCAAAGCCAUGGGAGAAUCGUCUAAUGGAGCAAGGCCAGAACGACCCAUCGGAAACAACUCCGCCACCAUCCAAGAUUUCUGCCGACCACCACAAAGUAACCACCGGAAAAUCAUCAGAACCGGAUCUGGUUAAGAUCAGAAGGAACAAUGUAACGACAAGAAUCUCUGCAAAACCACCCCAGAUUGUUGGUCAACGAACUCGUUCAUCUUCUAGUCCAAGUUCUGAGUACAGAUAUGAUGGGAGCUCUGGUUCAUCAUCUUUAUGCACAUCGACCACAACUCCAGUUUCCAUGGAAAGAGCAGAAGAGAGUAAGCCAAGCUAUAUGAGCUUGACUGAGUCAACGAAGGCUAAACAGAGAAACCCAUCUCCCAGAAUCUACAGGCAGUCCAUGGAUGACUUUCAGUUUCUUAAAAACUCAGGGGUGUUGUGUAAUGUCGACUCGAAUAGCAGCAAUUUAUCUGAACCUUCAUCGGUUAAUUUAUCUGUGUCCAGGCCACAGCCCAUGCGAAUGGAGAAAAACCUGACGAAACUGAGGAACAGAAGCUGCUAUGCUUGAGAUGACGAUGGUAUUGAUUGAUUGUAUUGUUUCUGAGUUUGUUGCUAAGUUCAACAGCUUGUUGUUCUAUAAUCUUUUUCAACAAGGUUUGUGUAAAGUAGUAAGGUAUGUAAUUGGAGUUGAUGAUUUCCAGUUUUUAAUUCGUUUGUCUAAAUUAAAAUUUGAAGAGUUUUGAAAUGAGGAUUUUGUAAUCUUACAAUAUCUUGUGUGUUUAAAGGCCCAUAGC